GACGUACGACUCAGCCAGUCAAUGCAGCGUCUACGUGUAGUCUAUGGUUAAGCCGGCUGAGGGCUGAUAGUGGAGGUCUGCUGAUUUUAUUUUGAAAUAGGAACGCAUAACUCACCAACUUAUUUCCGGUUGCCGCUAGCUUGAUGCUACUUCUUGUUGCCUGACGUUUUGACAGUCGCUGUUCCUCUGACGCUCCCCCGUUAAACGCGACUGGUUGCGUGAUGAACGUACUGUGUAACAUUUCCUCGGCGUAUUCUAGUUAUUUCGGUAACGUGACGUGUUGUAGAAAGUAUAUAUAUAUACUGAAAACCUUUCAUAUUUGUUAGUUUUGUAAGCUAGUGAACAGUGUCAGAGUUAGAAAGCUAACUUUAAACAUAUUAAGCUCAGAGUUGUCCCCUGUGUCCGUUGGCGUGAAGUGUAUAUAGUUUCUCAGCCGGUGAACGUUAAACCGUUAAGAUGAACUGGGUCGGGGGUUCCAGGAACCGGUUAGUGAUGAGGAAUGACUCAAAGAAGCAGAGGGAGUUCUUUGAGAAAAGAAAAAUGCAACAGAAACUGAGAAACUUGGGUAUAUCCCUGCCAGCCUCGCCUCGCGGCACCACCUCAGGUAGUAUGGACCUGGUGACUCUGUUCAUCGUCAACCAGAUCUCUGCUCAGAAACAAACUAAAGAUCCUCCUAAGGUGGCAGUUCUGGGCAGCAGUAAAGGAGGAUCCAAGCAUAAGAGAAAUGACCUCCUGGUACUCCCAAUGAGUCCCUGCUCUCCAUCAAAGCUGGAUCUUGUCGAGGGCCAUCCUCAGUACAGCCUUCAAGGAGUGAGAAAAGGAAAGCAUGUAAUUCCACAAGGAUUCAAAUGUCGAAAGCUGUCACCAGUGCUUGAGUCAGCAUUCUCAGACAACAGUGCAUCUGACUACCUGCCACCCAAAACUGACCCCCUCAGUCCUUUCUCCUCCAUCUCAUCAGCUUCCUCAGGUCAAGGAAUAUUCCCCUUGCAGCAAAGAGACCAGACACAGGCACACUUACCUCUCCACUACUCUCCUUCACCCUGGAACACCUCAGGAUUGGGGCAGUCUGAGUUUCAGCCUUUUUCCCAACCCAGAGGUAUGACUGACAGCAUUCCCUGGUCAGAUAGAUCAAACCCACCCCUCUCCCAACUGGAGACACCCACAGCAGCCCAAGUCCUGUUUGGAAGUCCUGACCAAGAUAUUACCGAAGCCAGAGAACAUGCUGAACAUGAGGUCGCCUUCUCCCUUAACCAACCAGAGGACACAGAGCCCAUGUUAGAUUUCACUCUGAAUCAGUUGGAGACUGAGCAGCAGUUUGAGGAAGAUGUUUUUAGAGGGUUCAGCACUGAUGAACCAGAAGGUCCUCAUGUUGGGAGAGAAACAUCAAAGAUCUAUCUCAGAGAUGAAGCACCUGUCAGAUCAUCAACACCACAAACUGUCCCUGUCUCACAGUGCAUGGCAGUGGAGCUCUCCAAAUGCACUGACAUGAACUGUUCUUAUCUUCAGCACGACUAUGGCCCAAAGAAUGUCCGUGGCAUCUCACCAAGUUACCCUUGUGCAAAAGGCUAUUUGAGUUCAGACUCAGAUGAUGGUGAAAAAUGCUAUCAGCUACGUCUCAACGCUGCUACGUCAUGUAUGGGCAAAACCUGUUGUGAAGAUGGCGAAAGGCACAUCCUACCAUGCUCUCUAUCCCCAGUCCUAAAACCUCAAAUGAACCUCAGAGAUAAAGAGGAAGUUAUGAAGUCUGUGACAUGCUCAGAUAAAGCUGUAGGAAGCAACAGCCAACAACUAGGAAGUAGCACAGUGCAGUUUCAAUCCCCCAGAGCCCUGGCCAAAGCUCAGGGCUUCGAGCUGUGCAAAUGCAAGAAGACAUCCAGUGAAACUCGAGAUGCAGGAACUCAAACUGAAGAAAAACCCACACUUCAGAAAUGUGAUGUCGCAACCCAGUGCAGCUUUGUUGAACAGGGUGCAUCCAAAGCCACUGCCUUCAACUUGUUCCUGCCACCUUUUGAUGUGUCAGUAAAGCAUCCGGCCACAGGGAGGCAGACUAACACCACUUCAGAGCCACAUACACACACGCCUUCGUCCAGCAACAUGGGGAAUGAAAAAAGGCAUGCACCCUGGAAAAAGAGCAAAUCUAAAUCUGGUUGCUUUUCAGAUAACAGGAUUAUUAACAAAUCCUCUGCUACAAACAGUGACGGGAAAGUGAUCCUGCAGAGACCCAGAAACUCCUUGGUAGACGCUCUGAGCAAGACCGAUUGCAGAGGUAAGGAGGAGAGUAAGGGCAGAAAUGAGAGAGGGCAAGAAGAAAAUGGCCGGCUGAUGACAGAUCUAUCAAAUGAAGUGAGGGAAGAGGUCACAUCUGCCAGAAGGGCUAACAGACUCUCAGAAGAGAGGGAGACACUUGAGGAAAUAGCUGACAUUUUACUCCUGCUUCAGCAGAGGAAGGAAGGAAGGAAUUAAGUAAGAAGGAUGUAGAAGAUAAAGAAAAUGCAUUCGAGUUUGUUCAACACCUAUUGUUUGAAGUUGGUUAAAGAAGAGACAGUAAAAUAAAGCCUUGAAGUGUUA